CCCAGAAAGCGCUCUUCCCUCGCAGUGCACAUCGGGAGCCUGCAGCAGCAGCAGCACCAGCAGCACAAGCUCUGCUUGCUAGGGACACACUGCACUGCCAUGCCAGGAAAGGACGAGCCGGGAGAGGGGCGCAGUUCUGCAGGGAAUACCGAAAAAUAACCGCGCAUAAAAAGGGACAGCUCUGCCUGACGGGCUGGGGGGAGGAGGAGGAGAUACAGGGAAAAUAAGAACAAAAUAGCGACACCACCCCGUCCUCCCACUACGAACAUCUGAUACUCCACUGCUCCAGGGGGAGAGAGGGGGAGAGAGAUGAUUGUGAAGUGAUGAAGAAGACAAGGAAAGCAAUGAUGUAUCCUGUCACCUCUCUUGCAUGUGUGUUGGUCCUACUGCUCGGGAUGCGGGUCCUGGCCAUCUGCCCACCCACAUGUCUGUGUGCCAGGGGUCACAGGGUGGUGGACUGCUCCGGGCGCAACCUGAGCCUGCUGCCGGACAGACUGCAGCACAACAUCCGGGAGCUGAACCUGUCCCGCAACAGCCUGCACAACCUGGACGGGCUGCUCAGCCACUUCGCCCACCUCCGCCUCCUGGACGUGUCCCACAACCAGCUGACCAGCUUCCCGGCCCGCCUGCCCAGGGCGCUGUGGGAGAUCCGCGCCUCGGGCAACCGCCUGCGCCUGCUGGAGAAGAACGACACGGCCUACCAGUGGAACCUGAAGGUGCUGGACCUGUCGGGCAACGAGCUGGAGCGGGUGGUGUUCAUCAACAACACGCUGCCCAACCUGCACUCGCUCAACCUGAGCCACAACAAGUUCUGGACUGUGCCCACCAACAUGCCCUCCAACCUGGAGACCGUGGACCUCUCCCACAACUUCCUCGUGCAGAUCCUGCCCGGGUCGCUGGACCGCCUGUCCCGGCUGGCCCGCUUCUACCUGCACGACAACCGCUUCUCCUCCGUCAGCGAGCGCGCCUUCAGCCAGCUGGGCGGCCUGCGGCUCAUCACCCUCUACGACAACCCCUGGGCCUGCGAGGAGGAGGAGAACGUCACGGGCCUCCUGGUGUGGAUGAGACAGACGCCCGCCCUGGUCCUGGGCUGCCCCUGCUACACGCACCACGUCUGCGGCGAGGCACGCCCCCGCCACCCCCCCACCUCGGGGCCCUGGCGGCCCGCGCAGUCCCACUCCCCGGCCCCCGACGCCGAAGAAUCCGGGUGGCCCACGGCGCAAGCCGUCACGUCCGGCUACCGGCCCAAAUCGGCGCUGUUCCGCCCGCCCUCCGACAUGACCGCGUCCAACCUCUCGGCGGCCGACCCGGCCGUCCUCAGGGACGGAGGCCACCCUUGGGCUGCCGCCACGCGCGGCCCGGCCGCCGGCACCAACGCUCGGACCAGCACCACGCCCGGCACCGGCAGCACCAAGAAAACCAACGCCGUCGUGCGGAGCACAAACAGGGGCCCCACCGCCUGUGCCCCAGAAACAGCCAUGCUCAACUUGUUACUUGCGAGAGCGGCCUGGACUCUGACCUAAAACCCAUUUCUUACUUCCCAGAUGUCCCGAACAAACACCGCAUACAAGAAACAAUUUCCUUUUGGUGCAAGGAGAAG